AUGCCGCCCAAACCCACCCCCGACUACAGGCUCUACUACGUAACAGGCCGCUCGCUCCUCCCUCCGCCGCCUGCCUCCUACACCGGUCCGGAAGAGGACUACUACCUCGCCCACCUGGAGGAGGCGUUGAAGGGCGGUGUGACGGUUGUGCAGGUUAGGGAGAAGGAUGUUGACGGAGGGGAGUUUUUGGAGGUCGCGAGGAGGACGAAGGAGGUUUGUGAUAAGUACGACGUCCCGCUCUUCAUCAACGACCGCGUCGACGUCGCCCUCGCCCUCAAAUGCCACUGCCACGUCGGCCAAACCGACCUUCCCGCCCGACUCGUCCGCCAACUACUCGGUCCAGACGCCUUGAUCGGCGUAAGCGUCAACACGCCCGAGGAGAUGCGGGUCGUGAUGGACGAGGGCGUGGCAGAUUAUGUUGGUGUUGGGCCGUGCUUCGGGACGCAGACGAAGAAGAACUUGAACCCGAUUUUGGGUCCGAGGGGCGUGAGGGCUGUGUUGGAGACGCUUGGCGAGAGCGAAGUCAAGGCGGUCAUCAUCGGCGGCAUCACCCCUUCGACCAUUCCCAACGUCCUCGCUCAGACUCCCGCACCUCUUCCUUCAGGCGGCUACCGCUCGCUCGACGGUCUCGCCGUCGUCUCUUCCAUCGCCGCCUCGACAGAACCCGAAACUGCCGCGCGCGAACUGCGCGAGAUGUUCGACCGCAAGCCGGCGUACCCUGCUCGAUCGCUGAAUUCGGACGCACUUUCGGCGGAGCAGGUUGUCGAGCAAGCCGUUGAGCUGUUGCGGAUACUGAAGGAUGGGGAGAAGACGCCGCUCGUUCACCACAUUACGAACUUUGUCGUCAUGAACGACACCGCCAACCUCACGCUCGCUUUCGGUGCCUCGCCAAUCAUGUCCGCCUCGCCCGACGAAGCUCCUCACCUCUCUCAGCUCAUCUCGUGUCUCCUCCUGAACCUCGGCACCAUCACCGAGGCGCAACUGAACGCGCAGAAGAUCGCGGGAGCUGCGGCGAAUAGGAAUGGGAAGCCAGUCGUGUUUGAUCCGGUCGGGGUUGGCGCGACGGAGUACAGGAAGAAGAGUGCGAGCGACCUCCUCAACACCUGCCAUGUCAGCAUCAUCAAGGGCAACGCCGGCGAGAUUGGCGCUCUCUCGGGACUGUCGGAAGUCAAGGCUCGCGGCGUUGACAGCGUCGGCAAGGGCUUCAAGGAUCCGGCGACCGUCGUCAAGACUCUCGCAGCGCGAGAGAAGCUCGUCGUCGCCAUGUCGGGCGAGACAGACUACAUCUCGGACGGCCAAGUCUCGUUCACGAUCAAGAACGGCACUUUCUGGCAAGAAAAGAUCACGGGUUCCGGCUGCAUGGCUAGCGCCGCCGUCGCCCUCUUCGCCGGCUUGCAGCACGAGUCGGGUCCCUUCGUCGCUGCCGUCGCAGGACUCCUCGCCAUCAACGUCGCAGCGGAGAUCGCCGCGACUCGUCCCGAAGUCAACGGGCCCAACACCUUCCGCGCGGCCCUCAUCGACGCCUGCUACAACCUGCGGCCUGAAGACGUGCGGAGUAGGGCGAAGUUGCAGCGUGUCUAG